AGUCACAGAGAUAAAUAUAAGUUUUUCUGUUUUAGUCUUAAUGAAGGUUGUCGAGAUGAGGUUGAGAGUUGGAUCAAAUCUAUGUUAGAAAGGUGAGUUCAGAAGCCAUGCUUGCAGUUUAUUGUCUGCAACAUAAAAUAUCACAUCUCCCUUACAGCAGAGUUUCCUUUGUAUUUGCUUGCUUGAAUCCCUGAUAGUUCCACAUUUGGAUUUUGUGAAAGUGAGUGGUACUGUGGUUGAGUACAUUUUGUUGAAUUGCGCCUCCAUUGAAGUGCUGAGAUUGACAAGAAUAAGAUGCUUGAUCAUCUAAAGGUUUCUAGUUCUCCUCUCAAUACAUUUAACUGUAGGGCCAUGCUUCCUUCUGGAAGUGUUGAGAUUUUCAAUACGAAUCUUGUUUUGUUGAGUUUUCUGGGGCAUUUAGAAGAAUGUUCCUUGUCUAACUGAAAUAUGUUUUGAUGGGGAGUAUUCUUUGCCUCGUAGUCAUUUAAAAACAUUACCCAGUUCUCAAGCUAUCCCUCUAGGCUAUAAACAUUUGUGCUGGACUCAAGUUGUAAAGUCAGCACUCAAAAGUCAAGACUAUAUAUUUUCUGUUUGUCAAUCAAUUCUCCUCUCAAUACUAAUUAACUAAUAUUUUGCGUUUGAUUCACUAGUUUUGGGGUUGGAGGCAUACCAGGUGGAAGUGAAGAAGAAGAGGGCUUUGGUUUGCAAACAAAUUUUACAAGGUGGUCAAGCUGCAUGGUUUUCCUUCUCGUGCCAUUGAUUAUGCACUCAUGUGGAAUUUACUUGAAAAAACCAUUUCACUUGAGAAGCUGAUUAUCAAUCCUUGUCCUUUAGAUGCUUGGAUAAGGGAAGUGGGUUCUGAAGAUUUUGAGCAUGUCUUAGCAGCAGGAACUCAUGCUAAACAGCUGGAAACAAGUUUACUACCAGGAGUUAAAUUGCUUCAGCUAUAGCUAAGUCGCAUAUCGAAAGUGGAAGUUGACCUUGGCUAAACAGAGUAUGCUCUUUUGUUUUUGGCCGUCGAGUUUGCUCUGAAGUUAGAAAAGGAGAAAAAGUCGUGGUAUAGACUAUAGAUAAUUUCCUUAUGACCUUGAUGGCUCAGUUCUUAUUUACAAUCAUUUAUUUUCUCUCGGUUUGCUUGUUUUGAUUAGGGGUGGAUUUUGUAGUCUACCUUUAAACUGUGUUAUAAUGUCAAACGGUUAAUAAAAAUGGUGCUGCAUU